AUAACAUUACUGGUCCAGAUCCUUUUGGGUUCAGCAAAUUUGAUCCCCCAUGUGUUAACUUUACCACAUAUGAUAGAGAUAAUGACUUUGCUGAAAAUGCGAACUGCGCAGAAAUGUUAGGAGGGGGCAUGUGGUACACCAACUGUACUGACCUUAAUGUUAAUGGAUAUAAUGUUGUCAGCAAGAAGAAAUCAUCCAAGUCGAUGAAAAGGGACAAAGCUGAUAAUCCUCAUAAUUCCUUUAUACAUGGUAUGUGGUGGUAUGGGUGGAAAAGACAAAUGAUGGUGACAUUAAAGAAAGUGGAGAUUAAGAUCAGACAUGUGAUGCAUACAAACUGUACAGCUGUCAGGCAUGCCUUAAAGAUUCCAAAAAACUCUACAUUUGAAGGAGUGUACCACAUUCAGCGUGACCCAAAGUUCCCAGGUGUGAAAAUGAGAUGCUAUUUCGACUCAGAAGGUGAUUGGAUAAUGAUACAGAGACGUACAGAUGGCUCAUUGAACUUUGACCUUGGUUGGAAUGACUACUCUAAAGGAUUUGGAGAUUUGGAGGGAGAAUUCUGGUGGGGGUUGGAGAACAUAUAUGCUAACUCAGAAAACUCAGUAUUAAAAAUGGAGAUGUGGGAUUGGAAAGGAGACUAUGAAUUUAUCCACUACAAUGAUUUUAAAGUCCAACUUAAUGCGCUUGACUUCAGUAAGGGUGACAUGGUAGCCUUAAAACGGCAAUAUCUGAGUACAACUCACUUUUCUAUUGGACAGAAAGCAAUUAAGGGGGUCAAACAUGAGCACCGUGUGAAAACAUCAAAUAUUUGGCUAGGAGAUAAAAUCAAAGGUAAUGCAACAGAUUGUUACAUUAAGAGAGAAGAAAGGUAUGGAUAUGAUGCACAAGCUAAGUACGAGCUUGAACAGAGAGGCUGGACCAAUCGAAAAAAAGUAAAAAUAAUAUCAAAGUCUUGGAUGCAAUUUUCCACAAAGGAUCAUAGCGAUUAUUCAGGUAAAGCAAAAUUGUGCAAUGGAGGAUGGUGG